UGUGUGGGGUCUGCACCGUAAGGCAUAAAAGCGCUUGUCGAGUCGUUGAUGGUUAGCAGCAUAGCACCCCAUCUCGAAGAAGCAUAGGUCGAACCUUGCCUUUCCACGUUUUAAUUCACAUAUUUAUGAUAUUCAUCGUGGACUACCGGGCGCAUGUUUUUGCUGGUUAAAUAAUCUCAAACCUCGCAAUUAAAGUGUAUCCCGCGGCAUGUAGUUAGCGUGCUGGCUAACGUUACCGGCUUUGCGCCAGGGCAGGAGUGAAGACCAAUCAAUCACCGGGUACCUUCACCGCUAGUUUUUGUGUAACGGUACAGUGUGGUGCUGCUGAGGCAAGGGAAAAAACGCAGCGGUCACCGGUGACUGGAUCUUGUGGCGUGAGCACUAAUGCAGUCUAGAAAACACGGCGAAUCCCAGUCACCGGUGUAAAACACGGUGUGUAAAAUACGUUUAGUAGCCCUCGAACCAGAUUAUAAUAAUAGAUAGGUCGCUAGCUUGAUAGCAGGACAAGUGCAACGCAAGGAUGUUGCAAGUGCUGGCUUGCGGCGUCGUAGUUUUUCCCGGUCUCUUCUUCAUCUUUCGGAGAGUACUACCUUCCAUUUUCAAACAGUGGACCGAUGCCGACGUUGUACUGGUCAGCGAGAGGCUGGUGUCCUCCAUCCACGCCAUCAUGGCCACCACGGCGGGAGUCAUCGUGGUGUCGGCGUGCAGCGGUAACGUCAUGACUGACAGGUACUGGCUGGCCACCUACUUUGUCAUCUGGUACGGCGUACCCUACAUGACAUACGAUAUCUAUGCCAUGUACCUAAGCCACUACUACCGCUUCCGGGUCAAGGGCCACGAGGAGUACAAGGAGCACUCGCUGACCACGGUCAACUCGUUUGUCCGCCGCGAGUUCCUACUGGUGCUCCACCACAUCGCCCUGCUCACCAUCUUGCUGCCCGUCACUCUGUUCUUCAGGAGGGACCAGGGAGACUACUUCAUUGGCUGCCUGUUUCUCACAGAGCUCAGCACGCCCUUCGUCUCCUUAGGGAAGAUCCUCAUCCAGCUGGGUCUGCAGGACUGCUGGGUCCACAAGGCCAAUGGGGGCAUGGUGCUGCUCAGCUUCUUCCUGUGUCGAAUCGCCCUCUUUCCCUACAUGUACUGGGUCUACGGCCGCCACUACGGCAUCCCCAUCUACGGUGUGCCGUUCCAUCUGACGCUGUCGGUCAACCUGGGCAACUUAUGCAUCCUGGCGCCGCAGGUCUACUGGUUCGUGCUGCUUUGCCGCAAGGGCUGGCGGCUCUACCAGCGCCAGCGUCACGCCACCGCUGCUGCCGGCAGCCAGGACUCCUCCCCCCUGCCCCCACCUAGCCCCUCCCUCACGGACAACCAACCCAAGGGAAACCAUUAGAGCUGGAGAGGUCACUCCGUCACCAUUGCGCUCUCUCGGAUCUUUCUUGGUUCUCUCUACUCUACCUGCGCUCGAGUCACACAAAAACGAACCACCAUUGACUACUAUUUACUACUUACUACUACUACUGCAAAGGCACUAUGGCUACUUACCACAGUCUCCCCAAAACUACUACUAUUACUACUAUUAUCACUACUUCUACUACUACUACUACUAUCGUUACUACUAUGAUAACACUAGCUACUGCUCUUCCACCCAUGCCCAGUCCAAGCGAUACUGAUGAUGAUUUUUGACCCCCCUCCUUAGAUCUUUUUUGGGGUUCCUACCCCCCCACCCCCCUCUUUCUGGAUUAUAGGGACUGGACAUGGGUUAUAUUUGGAGUGCUACAGUGGAGUUUCCCGAAAGGAUAUGAAGAAGACUGAGAAUGGAACUCCUGGCUUUUUUUGUUGGGGGAAUUGGGGGGGGGUCUUGCUUCUUCCCCCAUAUUACGUGACCUGUGCAGUGUUGAGACACUCCCCCAGCCUCGCCCCCUGCCCCUCUAUUACUAGAUCUGCUGAUUGGAGGGUCUGUUACAGUGUAGAUGUGUGUAGAAUGUGUCUGUAGAAUUUCUUGAUUUGUUCUAUUUGGUGUCAAUGAUUUUUAAGUGUCAAGUUUUGAAGAUCCCCAUUUUAUGAAGUGUUUGUCCACCCACCCAGUCCUGAUCUUUAAAAGACCAGAGGGAAAGGAGGAGAUGGGAUGGAUGGGAUGUACUAAGCUAGGUACGGGUGUCACCUCAUCCACAUUUGAAGGAGACAAUGAAGUAGAAAUGUUUGCUCCAAGCUCUUUGCACCAGCACACCUACACAGAAAACCCAUUUAAUGUGAUUGGAUUGUGGAACCCCACUCUCCUUUAUCCACUUUGACACCUCCCAUUGUCCUUUCUCCUCAUUUGCCUGUCUCUAUGGCUGCUGCCGCUGGCCAAUCGGUGCGCCUGCAGCGCUCCCGUCUUCCUCCUUUGUUGUUUAUGGCCCAACAGAGUUCUGUGUGCUGCCCUGCUGCGUCUGUUUACAGUAAGUCUAUAAGCCCCACCCCUCAGUGUCACACAGGGGGUGGGGCAUCACAAGCCCCGCCCCUCCCCAGAGAGGGGGAGGGGCCUCUAUAUUAUGCGCUGUGUUCUCCCUGCCUAAAGGGGGAGGCUUAGCAAAAGAUUAGUCCGUAUGUUUACACACGCAGGACUUCUCAGAGACGGAAGAGCAAGCGAGAUAUCCCACUCCCUCAUUUUUUCUGUUUCAAUGGAAGUCCACGAACGAGGUAGACCAGACCCAGCUGCUAUUACAAUGGUGUCUAUGGGAGAGCCACCCCCUUAAGUACACCUGAACUGGGGGAAAAAAAUGAUAUUCUAAACGGCCUGAGUGAACUAUCUUCAUUUAUCCACCAUCUUUGGACUUCUCUGGGAGCGCUACAGCGGCAUUAGAAGGAAUGGGGUAGGUUGUUUAGUCCCGGGUUCGGCUCGGUUGCUACAGCGACAACUGAAGCUGCUUUUAAUGGGUGGAGACACAAGACUUUACGGUCACUCGAGGUCAAGUUUGCCGGGUAUGGGUGGUUAGGUGCUUCUGUUAGGUACAUUUUGCCCUCCGGCAAAAGGUGUCAGGGGUACUUCUGUUAGGUCAAUGCUGCCCUCUGGCAAAGGGGUCUGGGGGCCACAUGGGAGGGGCUUGUAUACCCCUGGGCGUCCCAUUUAAAGUGGAACUGACACCGUUUUAACUACUUUGCAGAUAUGAAAUAGACAAUCAUAAUAUCACUCCAAAAUAUCAAAUUCCCAGUUUGUCCCUCAAAACCAACUUUAUAAGAGGUUAUUUUAAUAUAUAUUUUAAUAUAUAUAUAUCAGUCAAAAGUUUGGACACACCUACUCAUUCCAGGGUUUUUCUUUAUUUGUACUAUUUUCUACAUUGUAGAAUAAUAGUGAAGACAUCAAAACUAUGAAAUAACACAUGGAAUCAUGUAGUAACCAAAAUGAAUAUAAUAUAAAUAUAAAAUAUAUUUAGAUUUGUUUAACACUUUUUUGGUUACUUCAUUAUUCCAUGUGUUAUUUCAUAUUUUUGAUGUCUUCACUAUUAUUCUACAUAGUAGAAAAUAGUAAAACAUUUAGAAAAACCCUUGACUGAGUAGGUGUGUCCAAACUUUUGCCUGGUACUGUAUAUAUAAGUUAGAUUUUACAAAAAAUUCCAUGAUGUGUAGUCUGGUAUUGGUGGCAGAAUAGAUGGAUGCAGUCAAUGCAUGAUUAAUAUAUUUUACCAAUACGUUCUUGGUAGUGUAAAAAAUAUUGCUAUCAGGUUGUAUGAGCUGUGAUUUACAUUGUUUGCUGCUUGCAGCCAUUCGAGUAAAGAACUGUUUAAGUUUCAGUCGUUCAAUAUUUUAGACAACUAGCAAGGGCAAUGAUCACAAGUCAACGUGGCUAAUAGGCUAUCUGAUCUUUUUAUGUAUUUUUGGGCAAGCUAAAAACACAUUACCUUGUACCUAGCUAGCUGCUGGGAGGAUUUAAUGUCAACGCUUGGAUGAGUGGGUAAGUGACAGACUUUAUAUUAUUGGUGGAUAGGAUCGUCUAGACUCCUGUCUAGAGCAGGGGUAGGCAAACUACGGCCCGCUGGCAAGCCCAUUCAAUCCGGCCGGUAGGAGUUUUUUUUGUUUGUUGGGAGGUGGGGGGAAUUAUUAUGGGUUAAAAAAAACACUCCAGGCCACUGUGUUGAAUGUCUAAAACUAGAUAGAAGAUAUGUAGAAAUUAUAAUGGACCUAUAUAUUUUCAAAUAACUGCACUUUUUCUGGCUGCAAAUAGAUUUUGACAAACAAAAAAUGUGCAGCCCUACGUUGAAUUUCGAAAUCCUGAUGUGGCCCUCAAGCCAAAUAGUUUGCCCACUCCUGGUCUAGAGCCUACCCCGCUUACCCCUUCAAAGUAGGAGGAAACAUAUGCAAAUAAAAGUUGAAUGGUCAUUGGUCAGAAUAAUCCGAUCAGAUUGUGAUGUCAUGCUGUUGGCCAAAAACUCCAUCCCACCUGAGCAUGUUGAAAUUCCAAGAGUAUGUUUUUUGUCUUCCACAAUGCUCUUACUAAAAGGUUAUUAUCAUCAUUUUUACAAUUUCAGAGUGUUAUUUCAACCUUUAUAGUGUUGGAAUAUCUUUUUUUUUUUAACUGUAAAUCACAUUUUUGACUGAACUGCCCAUUUUAAAGAAAACCAUUCAAGUGUAUUUUGUGGGUUUUGCUGAGCGCUUUCUAUGACCUAAUGUUGUUCUGUUGUAACUGCCUGUAAACACAGUUCAAAGUGAAUGGCAUUAUCCCCAUAUGGCAAUGGCUUAUUUGCAUUACGGCCAACUGUAGCUCUGAUUAGGUACGGCGUGCCGGCCUGUGAAGAUUCUGAUCCGGGACAAUACGGAUACGUUUUUAUUCAUUUUUGUUUAAACCAGUGCUGUGUCUAUUAAUUGCCCAGACACACAGCCACUUUCCCACUGAUAUUGCUAUAGAAUUUUCACAAAUACCCGACUCGACGUCAUUCCCAAACAUUCUAUGAAUGUAUAAAAACGUGAAAUGACCAUAUCUAUGUGCUCAUUUGUCACAAAAUGUAAAGAAAUGUGCCAUGUUUUAAUGAGAUUUAAUGGUGCCAAAACACUGUCAGUUCCUCUUUAACGUCAAAUGGUGCCCACCAAGGACUGCUCACAAGGCGUCAGUUAGAGCACUGGUUCCCGACUCAGGUCCUCGAGUACCCCCAACAGUUCACAUUUUUAUUGUAGUCCCAGAGAAGCACACCUGAUUCAACUUGUCAACUAAUCAUCAGGCCCUCAGUGAGUUGAAUCAGAUAUGUUUGUCCAGGGCUACAACAAAAGUGUGUGCUGUUGAGGACUGGAGUUGGGAACCACUGAGUUAGAGCAAUAAAACGGGCGAGGUUGAAAACGGCGAGGACAAUGUAAAACCCCACGUAGAAUAGAUGAACCUGAUGUUUAGAUAUAAAAACAGUAAGGUUCCUAGCAUGAUGCUGGAGCAGGAUGACUACACAGCUGCAUGCGACCCUGCUCCAGAAUGAUUUAUUUUCGCAAAGAUUGUCGAAUAGAAGAAGAAGAAAGUCUUGGUGGUGGCGACACACUCAUUUCAUACAUUCUACUUUCCCUCAUGAUUUCCUGUUGUGGGGAUGAAUUUAGAGUUGUCCCUUACAUGGUUGGCUCCUUAGGAAAGGUCAGCUAGGUGGGAAAUGACCUCAGUCAUACUUAUACAAUGCACAAUUUUUAAAUGUGAUCCACCUCAUAUUGGUCACAAAACCCAUACAGCCUUGAGUUUUAUGUUAUUCUCUUAAAAAUAUUCCUCCUUAGCCUUCCAAUCUGAAGGCAAUAAUUCUGUAUAAAUGAAUGAAAUAAUGUUAACGUGUAGAUAAUUAUUACAAAUUUACAGCUAAAUUUAAGUGCUGGUGAUUUUAACCAGAGUGCCCAUCCAUGGCAUGUGUUUAUAAUGGCAACGAGGAAGUGACGUUUGUGUUGGCAUCAGCGCUGCUAGCAUGGAGCACCGAUCAUAGGGCUGCAAAUACAGGAUAAUAAUAACAAAAUGUGUUUUUAGAGAAAACAUUACCAAAUGAACGCAAUUUUUUUAUGAUGACAACCUUAAUUAGAAGCUUCUGUUAGCACUUAGUCUGAAGCCAUCAAACUACACUUGAGAGGUACAUUUAUAUCAUGUGUACACACACACACACUGUAUUUUUGCUCAAACUCAAAACAUGAUUCUAGGUUUAAUGCUGAGCAGACAUAAACAUGCUGACCUAGGCAAUUGAAUACAUUAGAGAAAGGAGGGGAGUUUGUGUGUGUGGUAACAAAAACAACUUUGCUUCAAACCUACAUGUGCUGACUACAUUUUAGCUUGAGUUAAUCAUAAUGAUUUUAAUUAACAUUAUCAGGUCUUGGAGGCUAUUUUAAUAAGUAGUGGUCCCUGGUCAGGAUGCAUUAUUUGUGGCACAUUCAACAAAGGUGAUCUAUGUACAGACCCUCGUUCUGCUCCUUUGCAUCAGUUAUGUCAAUGUGGCCCUGUCCCCUGAAGUUCUGUUUUCAAGUUCAAGCUUGCAUUGUGGGGACUUUGCUCUCUGUAGGAGACUACUGCAUUGUGGGGACAAAGCUGUUUUCUGCAGAAAAACACUCUAGUCCAGAGCCAAACUGAGCCACUGUGCUUCCGGGCAGGGUUCGACAUUAACGUGACCCUGUCCCCUGAAGUUCUGUUUGCAAGUUCAAGCUUGCAUUGUGGGGACUUUGCUCUCUGUAGGAGACUACUGUAUUGUGGGGACUCUGCUCUUCUCUGUAGGACACUACUGCAUUGUGUGGGUUCUGCUCUCCUGUGUAGGAGACUGCUGCAUUGUGGGGACUUGCUUUCCUUUAUAGGGGACAGUUGCAUUGUGGGGACUCAGCUGUUUUCUGCAGAAAACACUCCAGUCCAGAGCCAAACCGGGCCCAAACUAAACCGGGCCACUGUGCUUCCGGGCAGGGUCCGACAUUAACGAUGGCCCGCUGGCCUGGGGCCAGUAAAAAAAACUAAAAUUUGUCGUGCCAGUGGAUCUCGUCAGUCACUGGCAAGACCGGGUCAGUAACUUCUCAGUGCAUUUUGGAGUUCCAAUUGAACAUUUACCUGCUGUAUCGCAGUCUGCCAUAGAAAACCAUUUACCUGCUGUAUCGCAGUCUGCCAUAGAAAACCAUUUACCGGCUGUAUCGCAGUCUGUCAUAGAAAACCAUUGAAGACUGCACACGGAAAAGUCAUGCUAUUUGUAUCUGAGCAAUAUGAAUGGCUAUUCAUUCAACCACGAUCCUUGCGAGUUACAACUUCUCGAGCACUCAAGUAAUACAUGAGUUGAUGCCUUCACACUGCACACACAAGCACUCAUCAAUCCACUCACUGAGCUUUUUUGUUUUAGGGAAAGUGAAUCACAAAAGAAGUUAACCUUUUAAUAGUGAAAAAAACUAGCAAUAGACUGGCUAGUAGCUACUGUAAGUCUGCAAAAUGAAUGCUAAAAGACACCUAGCGUUCAUCUUUGCUAGCCUACUGUAGCCAGAUAUCUCUUUUGAAAAGCAGUUGUCUUAACGUGGCAUCGUCCUAUUUUGAGAGAAAACAAAUCUCCUAAUUUAAGAAACAAAAAACAAUUAAUACAAUGCCAUUUUAAAGAAUAAAAUGUCUUACAUUGCUAAAUUAUAUUACACAGCUUUUUAAUAUAUACCCUAAUAUCCAAAUGUGGCCUAUUACUAGCUGAAUAGAGUGAAAGCAGGUCAAUCUAGGCCCUCCAUGACCCUAAUGCAUUUAUAAACUACCCCAUGUCUGGGCCAGUAGAAAUUUUGUUCGGUCCAGUAGGAAAAAAAGUUACUGUUGGACCCUGCUUCCCGGGGCGGUCGUGUGUGAAAGUGAUGAGUGCACUGCGGGCCUGCUGGCAGACAGUUAGCAGGCGGCUUGUUCUGUAACCGCUGGAGCGAGAGCAGGGCAGAGCAGGCAGGAGGCUGGGGAAGGAGGGAAGCUGAAUGCUGCUACUGCUACUGCUAAAUGAUGGGAUUGUUUGGCCCGGACUCAGAGGCAGAGAGUGGUGAGGCGGUGCAGCUCAGUCUAGCUCUAUCAAUGUGCCUCGACUCAAGUCUUUUGUCUGUCUGCCUGAAACGACCACGGCACUCCUAGAAACAUCCCAGGCCUUCUUAUUGUGCACUCUCUUACCCUCCUUCUUUCUUUGUCUGUUACACUUUCUCCCUUCAUGUCUCUUCAUCUUUCUCGCUCACUCCUUGUACCCUUACUCUACAUUGUCUAGAGGAGCCGCCACUGGAUUCAGGUGUCCAGUCUCUACUCAGCAGCUCAGAGUCCAGGGAACACAGGGUUAAUUGGGAUACGGGGCCCUUUCUUAACGAGGCCAUUAUGGCUUUAAAAAGGCUCUCUGGAUGUGCUGCUCACUGCAGUCUGCAGUUCUCCUGAGUCAGUCCACAGCACACAGUGAGACGCCUGAAGGACAGACUCAUCAUCUGUACACAUGGGGUCUGUCCCAACUGGCACCCUAUUCCCUAUAUAGUGCACUACUUUGGACCAGAACCCUAUUGGACCAGAGCAGAAUACACGUGCCCUCACAAGUCGACGCCACUAAUGUCCUCUCAAUGCAGCACAGCCACAACCAAUGUCCUCACAAUACAGGACUACCACUGUGGGGAGCCUUUUAUGGUUUAAAUCGACAUUUCAGAGACAUUUGCCCCCAUCUUGAAGUGUUCAGUUUUUCUUAUAUGGGUUGUUAUUGAUUGAUUUGAUGUUUAAGCCGAUGACAUAUGUGGUGUGGCCUGAUAUGGUGAGGGUGACAUUGAUGGCUUUAGGGAUUUUUAUGGUAUACGUUUAAAAUGUCCCGUUGUCUCUUGCUAGCUCGAUGUCGUUGUGAGGUUUGAGGCGGAGUAUAGAGAGCCAGUAGUCUCUUACACUUUGAAACUUAGGGCACCUCGAUGUGUCGCUAAAGUGCAACCCCCCACCCCCUUCCCUGACAUCCAAUCCAGAGCCUUUGAAUCCCGCGGUUCAAGGGUCAGCAUUCAAAACACAUAUCCUGAUAAUCCUCUUUAUAUUCAUUCUUAUUCCGGGCUGGGUUUUUUUUGUUUUUUUUUUACAAUAAUGUUUGAAGUCUUAUGUUCGGCCUCCUUGGAGGUUCCUCUCGUUGCUCAGGGUUUGAUGAAGAAGAUGUUAACAUAUAUCUGUAUAGCUUAGAUUUAUUUUAGCAUUUGUGAAACUGUGAGUGAAACAAGAGUUUCGAUGAAAAUGAUGGAUUCUGAAAUAUGAAAAUACCUGGAAUGUCGUGCUAUCUUCUCCUGCUUGUUCUGUUGUUUUCUUUGCUUUCUUCCAAAUGCGUUCUGGCAUGGCUUGCGGUAUCGCAACCUGUAGGGUUGGUAGACCAAAGAUUGUCAGGCACUUUAGUCAACCAUGUUAUCAUAGAAUCAUGACGAGAAACAUUAACAUUCAUCUCCAAACCACUGUAGCACAGAUCUAGAUCCCACCCCCCAGCACCCUCGUCGUCUCACACUGUCAUCCUCCUCCUUCCUCCAGCCUGGUUCUCCAGGGGGGACUCUCCACUAUUCAUACCCAAGAGAGGGCUUAUCCUCUUGGGCUUACUGUAGACUGAACCCCCCGCCUACCCCCACCCGGCCAGGGAGGAAUGAGGACUGGGAGUGCAUGGCUUACAACCAGACUGCAUGGCAGUGUCUCCACUCCCCCACUAACACAACCCUUAUCCCAGGUCACCAUCCAUCCACAUCCAGUCUAUGUAGGAACAUUGGUGGGGUGGACCGUGAGGUGUGCAUGGCCACUGUGAUCAGGAUUAAUGGCUGUGUGGAGGUGGCAGGCUUACAUUUCCAGUAUUUUUGCUGCUUUGAUUUCACACACAUCCAUACAGGGCCAGUCACUCCUAUCAAGGGACUCAUGGGUCUGGAGGGUUAUCGAGGGUAUGGCCCACUGACUGGCUGGCCAGUGGAUUUAAAUUCCGAUUUAAGACUGAAUCGGGUUGUAAAAAAACAAGAGGGAAGAGAGUUAUAUUAGUAGAACUGGGCUGAUGAAAUUAAUGAAAAAUUUAAAUUUAAAAAACUAUCAAGAAAAAAAAUUGGAUUAGAACUUUUGGGCAAAUAUAUGGUCCAGAUUGAUUUUAUCAUUUGUAUGUAAUAAAUAUAUUCUUAACUCUAUUUCUUGAACUGCAUUGUUGGUAAAGGGCUUGUAAGUAAGCAUUUGAUGGUAAGUUCUACACCUGUUGUGUUAUUUGUCGCAUGUGACAAAUAAAAUUUGAUUUGAUUUGGAACUCUGGAUAAAGUGAACCAAAUUGGUAUCCCUUGCCUUUGUGAUACCCACAAAACUCGGCGCGAUAACAGAGUAGGCAGCAUUUACAGGUUGUGGCUGUCUUUCUUUCUGGGUAAACUCCAACUUUUGGUAAAAAAAACUAAAAUGAAAGCAAACUCUUAGGGCAUUAUCAAACGAGGAGGCGGCAGUUUUAUCCGUUGCAUACACUCCCAUCGUCCUCUUAGUACAAUACCACUGUACACGUGAUCAAAAAUCCCCCAAACUUUUAUCUUAAUUUUCUUAAGACAAAAAGGUGUUUGUCGACUCCUACGGGGAGUCUUCCAAUGUGUGUUUCUCUCUUCCGUCGUCACGAUUCUGUACAUUUGUUUAUAUACUCCAGUUCAGAAUUAGUUUGCUGUGCUUCGUUGUUUUUGAAUUCAAAUUAUUUUCUCUCUCUAUGAAAGUACAUGGUGUAUGUUAACGUUUUCUGUCCCGAAUUGGACUUCCAUCCUCACAAUAGUGUCUGUCAUCUCAUGUCCCAUCUUGGCUGUGUAAUUUACCAUAUGCAGCUUAUUCACAACCUUCAACACUCUCUGCCUCCUGUUACUUUUGAUAACAUUAUCUGAUUUUUUCAUAUAUAUUUAUAUAUCUGAUUUGAUAUAUACAUAUAUGUUUUUUUGUUUGUAGUGUGCCCUUUUUGAAGAAUUUCUUAUCUGAGAAGAGAAUGGGCUCUUUAAUUAAAUAAACUAAGCAUUGAUUGAGAGGAAUUAUUUUGUUGCAACUUGUGAAAUCAGACACCCCUUAAAGACAAAUAAAACUGAUUUGAGGAAUUA